UGACAUCUAAACCUCAGAAAUGCUGAAUUGGUUUGUAAAAGAUAUAAAGUUUAAACAAUAUGAAGCAUUAAAAGGGAGGUAACUUAUGUUCAAAAGGAUCUAACUGUCCAUAUAGGAUCAAAUAACAUCCACUGCAUUUGUAAAUAUUCUAAAACACUUUGAAAAUGGCCAAACAAUCUCAUUUUGAUGAGUUUGACCUUGACCUUUUUAUUUUAAAGGUCAUUGGGCCUUGUGUCUAGAAACUGCAUACCGCACAUUUCAAAACCACAGGUGAUGCCGUCGCCAUGCUGGAUUGAUUUCCCGCUUCUCUCGUAAACCGAAUAAACGGCCCCAGUUCAAAACCACUUCGAGAAACAAAUGAAUAGUUUACUAAACUGAUUCGAAACCAAAACUAAUUUAAGCGCAACAAAUUUGCCCUUAAUGUAAAGUCUAUUGGCUUAAACACAAAUAUUAUAAAAACAAUUUGAAAUAUUGUGUGGUUCAUUUAAGAAAAAAAAUUUAUUUCUGAAAAUACAUGAAGGUUCACGCCAGAUACUUCAAGAGGCGGCAUGUUCGCUUGGUAAAGAUAAUUGGAAAUGUAAAAAUAUUAGACAAUAUAACUCACACUGCCAUACUAAACAAUAUUUGCAUUCAGUAUAUUUUAUUCACUGUAAGCCUAAUCACAUCUUCGCAAGCCAAGUGUCCGUUUCGCUUACUCUGAGAAUAAGCAAAUCGGACACUUGGCUUGCGAAGAUGGCUUAAUAAUAGUAUGAUAACAAUUACGUGUAUUAUUCAUUAAAGUGUCUACGUUAUAAAUCAUGCAUGCCACGUACAUGCUAGUAAUUAGUAUUACAUAUAUUAUGAUGGGACUUUAAUACACGGUUAUGAAUGGCACAUGCCCGGAAUAUUGACCUCUCUAGUUUGUUCCCUUUUGAUUGCCGAACGAAUAGAACCGGGUCUAUCACAGAUUCUAAUGCAGCUGAUAGGAACAUGCAUUUUGUGAGAGUCUUUACUGAUAGUUAUGUUAAAAAAUCUUGUUGAAUAUAAGAUAUUUUAAAAGUCAAUGAUAUGUUUCAAAAUAUUCUAUUUUCAUUGAUUUCUUUAUCAAGUACAUUAUGCAAAAGAUUUUUCUUAUGUUUUCAUACAUUUUGUAUAUUUUUGUAAAGAAACAAAUUAAUGAAAUUGUUAUUAAUACUAUCAUAUCUUUAUAAGCAGUUUUUGUAAGAUUUUGAUAAGAAAAUUGUAAUUUUUUUUACAUUCAUAUGUAAGUAACUGUAACAGGAAGGGAGAAAAUGCAGCGGACCAGACCGAACUCUGAAUCUCUUGUCGGGUGCUCUACCAACCGAACUAUCCGGGCACCGCAGUGAUCGAACCCAGCUGACCGCUGCAUCACUAUAAUAUAUUAUAACUAUAUAUUUUAUUUGAUAAUUCAUUAGUUAUAACUUAUUAGUACUGCCUAUACUUUUAUUAUUAGCCACAAUAUCAGAGACAUAUACCAUAUGAUAACAUACAUCGUCACAUGUAAUUCCUUUUGAAACUUGAACGAUAUUAAAUCUUAUUGUAGCUGGGUAUCUCAGUUCAACAUCCAGGUAGCACAGGGGCUAUUAGCUCGUUUUGACCUGUUCAACUCCUGGUAACCAUUAAUAUUAAACAGGCGCGUAGUCAAAAAUAAAUAAAAAAUUAAGUGUACGACAAGGGGUCUGGUGGCCGCCGUGAGACCGGGGCUCAGGAGGCGAAACCCGGAAAGCUCCUGCAUGGUGGAUUUUACCAAUGAAAUUAUACCUAUGUUUUGUGCGUAGAAACAGGGUUUAUUGUCAAUUUUCAAAAUAAAGAAUUCACAAAAUUACUUUUCUAAAGUGUUUUAUAAUGCCAACGCACUGUGUGCAUGUACUUUGACUUUACAUUUGUUUUGCGAAUUCUAUAAAUUGUCCGCAUUCCUUCGUCCCCCCCCCCUCUCUCUCUCUCUCUCUCUCUCUCUCUCUCUCGCCGACCAAACCUACUAAAUGAGGACGUCCUCAUUUGCGUACAUAGACAAUACAGGCAAUAUGGAGAUAUUUUGAUAAAGUGUAACCAUAGGCACUCGACGUUUUAAAAUCUAUAUAUAUAAAAAAAAAAAAAAAUUGUCUUCCUGUGAGUUUAACGGAAAAUCUGACGUGUUCAUCACACACUUUUUUUUUUUUUUUUUUUUUUUUUUUUUUUUUUUUUUUAGCGAUUAUAGGUGAAAUGCGAGAUCCGCCUACGAUCGCACCUGUAACUUUAUGCUUCCGGUAUCGAAGAAAAUGAAAGUAAGUCACAGGAAGCAAUUUCACAGAUGAGAGUCUGAUACCAGAGUAGAAGUGUCAGAGUGUCUUGGUUUUGUAGGUAAUUCACCCAGAGUCGUAUCACUCGUGUAAAGUGCUAGUGGCUAUAUGGAUAACUAGGCUCAUAGUUCAGUGCAUGGUGGACAUGAUCUGUUGAUAUCAUCAAAAAUAAUUCAGCACUUUAUUCUGGAAUUAUGAAUGAAAGUGAUCAAAAUAUGGCAUUAAAUAUGCAUAUGCUUUUGAACUUUGAAAAUGGAAAUAUACCACAGGUAACAUUUUAAGGAGAGGGCGUUUUCCAUUGGAAGAGCUAUAAGAUGGACGAGAGGAGAGCGUUGUGUUUUGUAAUGGUAUCACUGAUACAGAUCGUAAUCACAACACAGUCUGGAGCUGCAUCAGGCUCAUUCCACGUGGACCGUGGACCUAUUUAUGAGAUAAUGGUUCACCCAGAUAAUGGGGAUGUUUUUCUGGGAACUAAAAAUGCCUUGCUCCACCUCAGUUCAAAUCUCCAUGUCAUAAGAACGGAGGUGAUGGGGCCACAAAAUGAUAGCCCCCAGUGCUCACCGGACCUCACCCAGGCUUGUCUGCAGGGAAGGAAGCUCACAGAUAACCGGGUCAAUAUACUGGAGUUUGAUGGACAGACUGGGUAUAUGCUUGUAUGUGGCUCCAUCUGGCAGGGCAAAUGUGAACUGAGGAACUCCAGAAACAUUAGUCAUGUAGUAACACUGACAAACAGUAAAAUCAAUUUUGUAGGCAGCAUCGACAAAAAACAAGUAUAUGGAUUUUUUGGCAGCAGGCCUGUGCGUGAUGUUGGAGGGGGGAGUCUCUUGUAUGUCGCUAUGGGUCUAGAUGGCAGACCAUCACAAUACCGUCCUGCUGCCAUCUCUACUCGAGAAUAUCACACCAAAGACAAAACAUUUGAAUAUUUCAUCAGUGAUCCAAAUUAUCACACAUACGUAGAUGUACAUUCAGAUCUUAAGAACUUGUUCAAAGCACACUACAUCUAUGGGUUUGAGCAUGGAAGACACAUUUAUUUCAUCUCCAUACAAAUGGAAGAUGGUCUGGCUCCUAUUCCCAAAUUUUUAACCAAAAUAAUUCAGAUUUGUCGAAAUGACAACACAUAUGCCUCCUACACAGAACUGCCACUUCAAUGUGUAUCGGACUCUGUGGUGUACAACAUUGCUAUUGAUGCUUACUAUACCGAAUCUGUACGUGCCAAAGAUGGUUCCUUUGGUCUAGCCGUGACUUUUGGGAGAACAAACCGUGGCUCUGAGGCUGAUGCAGCCCUAGGGUCUGCUCUCUGUUUCUAUGAUGUUAUUGAUAUUAUUGCCCAAUUUGAAUAUUUGCAAAAUCGGUGUUUUGAAGAAGGCAUAGGAAGCCAGGUGACCUGGCUGGUGGGAAAGAGUUUAGCAGAAGUCAGGAAUUGUGAAAAAGAUGAAAAGUAUGACGUGAGAGGAUUUUGUGGAUUAAUGAGCAACAUUGGAAUUCAGGAGAGUGCUACUAGCCAGAAUAGGGAUGCCUUUAAAUUGAGUAGGAGUGCUGUGUAUGUGAAACGCGAUGGCUUGUUGACUUCAGUUGUUAUGGCUAGACAGAACAAAGCCAGGAUAGCAGUACUUGGUACAAACAGAGGACAAGUUACCAAGGUUUUGUUGACUGGGAACCAUUAUUUGGCGAGUUGGAAUCUGACAGACAAAGCAAUAUACCGUGAAUCAGAGGUAGACAUCAGCCAUAGAAAUGUCUUCUUCAUCGCUGAUCAAACAUUAUACAAGUUUCCCCUGUAUACCUGUGAUGCAUACCACACCUGUGAGAAAUGUGUUGGGAGCGGGGACCCAGCAGGAUGUGGCUGGUGUAUCGAUCACUGCUCCACCAGUACUGAAUGUGUAAACCCCACGGUCAGUAGUUCGGGACAAACUGGACAGUGGCAGAAUGAUACAUGUCCACCCGUCAUAUCACAGGUGCUACCAUCAGUGGGUCCUACUCAGGGACAAACUCUUUUGACUCUGAAGGGUAGAAACUUUGGAUCAGAAAUGGCUACAGUGGUAAAUGUCACCGUCAAUGGAAGCACAUGUGAAAUAGAGGGCAAAACCAUGGAUACAAAGUUACAGUGUAGAACCCCUGCCUCACAAACUCCAGGGACCGCCUCUUUAUCUCUCACAGUGAAAGAUUUCUUGCACACGGGUUAUAAGAUAGUAGGCAUUGCAGUCGCAGAGUUCCAGUAUCAGGUUCCAGUAAUUGACGACAUAUCCCCAUUACUAGGGCCUAUAUCUGGUGGGACAGAGUUGACAGUUCAUGGAAGAAAUCUAGACAUUGGUACAAAUGUAGCAAUUUUUAUAGGAGGGGCUGAGUGCAGUGUCCAGAGAAAGAACAGUUCAGCCAUUUUGUGCCUCACUGGACGUGGCAUGUCAUCAUCAGGCAUUCAGUAUAAAACUUCAGACCUGCUGGUUCUAUACCCCUCACUGAUCACAGCAGCUCCUGUCAGAGUUCAAAUCGAUGGCAGCAACACAACCAGUAAUCAAACGUUUGCCUAUGUCAAUGAUUCCACCAUUUUAAGCAUACAGUCCAAAACUUCCAUUGUGAAUGGUGGACUAGAGAUUGAUGUGAGGGGAACAAAUUUAAAUGUUGUACAGCGACCACAGAUUGGAGCCACAGUAGAUGGCAAGGAUUCACAUCUUCUGAUGUGUAAAGCUACAGCUGAUGGUACCAGAAUGACCUGUCCGACUCCCGGGAUACAGAACCUUACAUCUGAACCAGUGGACCCAAAUUUUCCAAAAUUAGUUUCCAUCUGGUUCAAGAUGGAUGGAAUUAGAGAGCUUAGGGAGCUAGAGAAGCAUGACUAUGCUCUGAGUCGAUUCACUUACUACCCCAACCCUACGUUUGAGCCUUUUGGGUCUGUGAGACUGUUUGAUUUGUCGGAGGAUUUACUGAGUAUUACAGGUAAACACAUUGACAAAGGGAUAACUCCAAAAGAUGUCAUCGUAACCAUCGGCGAAAGUUUGUGUGUUGUGAAGCUUCUAAAGAGCAACAAGUUAUUCUGUCAACCACAGAACAAGCCAUCAGAGACAGACAAUGAACCACAGUAUAAAGUUCAGGUGAAGAUUGGAGUCUUUCUUAUGUAUGAUGUAGGAAGUCUACAGUAUGUUGGGGGAGCCUCUACUGCACCUCCGACUCUUAUUAUCGUCAUCUCCAUUGUCCUCGUUGUUUUUAUUGUCCUUAUUAUUAUACUGCUGAUUGUAAUGAAGAGAAAACAUUUGGGUCCAUUCAAAGAGAGAGGUUACACUGCAGGAUAUGCCAAUGGACAGGGGCAGGUCCGACUGAGUGGGCUUAAUCCUGAUGGAACAACAUUUGACUUUGAAAGAGACAACAGAGCCAAUGAUUACCAAGAGCGCCAUCUGUCUGCGAGUCGAGAUGAUACCAUGGACUCUGCUAGAGGUGGUGGGCCUACUAUUGUACUUGAUGAGUCUACGCUGCUGGUACUGCGGGACAAAAACCUCUUGAUUGAACAUGACUGGUUGUCCAUGGGUGAAAUCCUAGGCAGAGGUCACUUUGGGUGUGUAUAUAAAGGCUACAUAACUUAUCCAGGGUCAAAAACUGAGACCAUGGUAGCAGUUAAAACCCUGCACCAGAACAAUCCCAGAGAGAUUGAUAUUAAUCAGUUUAUUGAUGAGGCGCUUCGUAUGAAGGAUUUCCACCACCCUAAUGUUUUGACCCUCACUGGGAUCUGCUUUAACUAUGAUGCCAUGCCUCUUGUCAUACUACCAUACAUGUCGCAUGGGGAUUUACUGAGCUACAUAAGAAAUGAAGACAAUAACCCAACUAUUAAAGAUCUCAUCCUUUUUGCUGUUGAUAUUGCAAAAGGAAUGGAAUACUUGUCACUUCUUAAGGUUGUACACAGAGAUUUGGCCUGUAGGAAUUGCAUGCUGAAUGAGGAGUACCGUGCCAUUGUUGCAGACUUUGGUCUGUCCAGAGAUAUUUAUGAAAGAGACUACUACAGCAGUGAUAACAAGAAGAGUAAGCUGCCGGUGAAGUGGAUGGCUCCCGAGAGCUUAGAAAAGGGCACCUACAGCUCCAAGUCAGACGUGUGGUCCUUUGGUGUGGUGCUAUGGGAGUUGAUGACCAGGGGAGUUAAUCCAUAUCCAGAGGUAGAUAAUUGGGAUGUACUGAGGUACAUAAAAAAGAAUCGAAGAAUGCCACAGCCUCCAUUUUGUCCUGACCCUCUGUAUACUGUGAUGAGAAACUGCUGGGAAUUUGACCCCAAAGAUAGGCCUCAGUUUAGUGUGUUAGUGACAUCUAUAGCAGAAAUGUUAUCUGUGUUAGAACAUAAGAUGAAACAAGGGCAGCAGAGGUCUAACAUACAAAGUACCUACGUUAAUGUAGAGAAUUGUACGGAAUAUCACUAUGGUAACCAAGAUGAGGAGGAGAAAUCUCCGCUUGCCAGUCCUAUACAAACGGAUGUCUGAUUGUUCAUAGUCUGAUUUAGUGUGCCCUUUGCAAUCAGAAAAGAAUGGUUCCAGUCUAUGAUUGGGCAGAGCUUUAAUCUAUAUACUGUACACGCAAGUACAUUUAGUAGUCUAGAUACAACAACUUAUAACCGUCCAGUUAUGUUGUAAAUUCUGCAUUUUAAGGACAAUGGAACUGAAAUAAUUUUUUUACCUCUGAUCAGAAAAUGCUGAUUAAUGUUUUUAAUCAUAUAAGAAUUUAAAGAAUUAUGUCUCAGUUUUCCUUCAAAUUCAAGGAGUAUUGGUGAUAUCAAACUGAAAUGAUUUAAAUCUCUAUGAAAGAGUUUAAACAACUGAAACUGACAUUUUCCAUUACAUUCUAUAGUAGACUGUAACAUACUUUUUACAUUAUCCCUACAAAAUAUCUGUCCCAAUUCCUGUUAUUAAUUUUUGAGUCGGCUCUCGAUAGCAAGAAGACCCUUGUUUUAACCGGCACUGCACUUCAGAUUUUGAGUACAAACCGUUGUUGAUACUUACACGAGAUAAUGCAAAUAGUUCUUAAUCUCUGGUCAUUGAAAUUUUGGCAAAAUAUGGGAAAUAUUGUGCAUAUCAAAGUGGUUGGUUUAAACAAAGUAUUGGUUAUUGUGUUCUUGAAUUUAAAAGCAGUGUUAUCUAAUUGCAAUAAUAUUUCUUUAUCAUUUGGUUUGGAGACACUGUGACCGUGCAUGAAUACGUUAUGUACAUUGUUCAAUCUCUACCCAGAGUUAUCGUUCCUUACACUCGCAUUAGCAGUGUUAUUCCACAUGUAAAUCCAUUAUUCUAACAGAAUUCUGAUGAAAAUAUAAUAAUCUGAAAUGAAUUAACAAACUCUAUAUUUGCUUUGUUUAAAUAAAUAAACAAUGAACGAGUUAACAUCAUUUACAUAUGCACGUGGUACAUGUAAACAGAAUGAAGGAAGAGGCGAUCAAGAUAUUUGAAGAUUUCAAGAGGAUAAUUUGUAUCGAUACUUGCUACAGAUUGUGUCCGGGCUGUCACUGUUUUGUCUUUUGCAGUAGGCUUUUGAUAUUUGACAUACAAGUACCGAUAAAUGAUCAUCUCAUGUAGAUGUGCUGGGUACCAUGGAUAGUGACCUUUAUCUUGAACUUUUAUGUGCACACAAUUUUUGAAACUUUUAUGGGUAAAUUCCUCUAGCCAAUGUGUUGUGUUCCUAGUUUGCAACAUUGCAUUUCCAUAGAUAAGGAUAAUUUGCAUGUUUUACCAUGCUUUAAAGAUUCAGAAUUAAAGCUUAUAAGACGGUGCUGUAUACCCCCACCUCUUGUUGGAAGUUGCAGGCAAGUCGACUCUGAGGCCCUUGAGGCCUUUGAUUUUAAUUGAGUUUAUAGAUUUAUCAGUUUGGGUGUACUCUGUGUUGAUUUUAAUUGAUUUUAUAGAUCUAUCAAUUUGAGUGUACUCUGUGUUGAAGAAAGGAGUUGGGUUCAUUGUCCUUGAUUAUCUUUUUAUCUGAUUGAAAAAUGAACUUGUGUUUUGUCAUUGAUGACCGAGUAUUUUCUAUUCAUACUGACAUUCACCAUGACAUUACAAACAUUGCACUAGAUAUAAAGCAUCGCUUUUACAUAACUCUCGUCUUGUAGAGGAAGUUGUUUUUAGUCAUAUUUGUCCCUAAAGAAUGCAGAGCAAGAUGACUUUCUGGGAUAGAAGCAUGACAUUGUCUGUAAUGAAAAUUUUUCUAAUAAGUUGACUUUAUUGUGAUUUUAGAAAUUCACAAUUUUUCUGUUUUAUAUCUGCAGGCAGGUAUCUUCAUACAAAACUUCUCUAAAAGAAACACAUGUCUAUUCCAAAAAUUUCUUGAAAUCCUUCCUCUUUUUUACCUUUUAUUCUGUAACGUAUCGGUAUGAACAGAUCACCGUUAUCAUUGGGGGAACACUGUUAACUCAAGGUUUUCUUUUUAACUGACAUGUUCUUGCAGUGUAUUGAUUUAACUGACAUGUUCUUGCAGUGUAUUGAUUUAACUGACAUGUUCUUGCAGUGUAUUGAUUUAACUGACAUGUUCUUGCAGUGUAUUGAUUUAACUGACAUGUUCUUGCACUGUAUUGAUUUAACUGACAUAUUCUUGCAGUGUAUUGAAUGUGUAACGGUAUUUUAAGGUGUGUUUGUUACUUUGCUUUUUUGGAGGGUUACUCUUUCAAUGAAAGAUAGGGUUUAAAAGAGAAACAAAACCUACCAUGACCACACAUGAAAAAACCCAUCAGCUAUGUACAUGCAAGUCCUAUGAAGAAUUAUCAUUUUAUUUAUUGUGGUAGUGUUAGAUAUAUAGCCUUCUUGCUAGCUCUUGCAAGUGGAUUAACCCUUUCGCUCAAUUGGCAGAGCACUGGGCCACCGUGCCAAAUGUCUCGGGUUUGAUCAUGAGCAGAGAACAUAGUCUGUUACAUUUUACACUCUGCAUGCACAUACAUUUGGUCCCCUUAAAUGAAUUGAAUCUUGAAUAGUUUAUUUUAUUAUUUUCUAUAUAUUUACAUUUUCAAUGUUGUUGUUGUUUUUGAUAUUUUCACAAAUUGUAAUGAUAAGCAUUUCCUCAUGAAUGCUCUGCAGUUAUAACAAUGCAGCAAUGAAUCUUGAUAAAAAUAGAUUGUCUAUUUUAACAGCUGGAAAUUCUAAUAGAAAUAUAAGUAAAAUGUAAAUAUAAGUAUACCUAAAGCGCUAACACACUUCAUGAAGUAUGAAGUGUUGCAGCUUAUACCCUCAUAUAUUUUCAAAACUGAAAUUUCUUUCUUAAAUAAAUGUUUAUAUUACAAUAUAUAUCAAAGUUGGUUGUAUCGGUUAUCAUACAUUUUUCACAACAAUUGAAAGUUCAGAUUUAUGUUUUUGAGAGACUAAAUUAGUUCUAAUUAUAUGUGGUUCUUUUUAUAUAACUGUUCAUUUUACCAUGAAUACACUUUCAAUGAAUGCAGUUUACAUAUAAUUUCUUGUUCAGUGUCGGGUUGGACAGAGGGUAAAGUGGAGGGAGAGGGAAGAGAUAAAAGUAAGGCAGUGAGAAAUGAUUCCCUGUUCAGAUGUUGCUUGAUUUUGAAUACUUAUGACAUUGCUAGAGCCUCUCUUUCUUCUCAGUGUUAAAUGAGGUUGACUUCCCAUGCCCCCCCCCCCCCCCCCCCCUUUAAAGAACAUUAUGCACCAAAGAUAGUUAACCGUAUGCACCAAAGAAUAAAAGCUGUACUUUUCUAUGGAAACAUUUAAUAUAGAAAUGUUGUGAUACAUAAUGGCGUAUUUUUUGUUUUGUUUGUUGUAUUCAUGAAAGAAUAUGUAUAGACUUCAUGUUAUUCAUUUCCAAAACAAAGUUUUGUUUAUUCAAUGUGUAGGCAGGAGACAGGAAACAUUCCAUUUUAUUAAAAUGCAAAUUGCCAAUACUCUUGUACAGAAUAAACAGAUUUUACAUAC